AUGAGAAAAAAUAAACCAACAUAAUAAAUUGUUGUCAAUCAUGACAAUUCUCCCUUUAAAACCAAUUUAGAUUAUGAUGAAACAGAAUAAUUGCCUGUCAUUAAAUCUAAAUCUGUUAGAAAACCAUCCAAAAAGAAUUUUGAGAUCAAAAAGAUCAGGGUUAAAGUGGUCACAUCUGAAAAAAAAUUGGUUAUUAAUAUCAAAUAAAGCAAAUUGAAUCCAUUACAAAAGGAAGAAUCUCCUCCUUAAAGUGAAACUAGAUAGUCACAAUCAUAAGUUGAUUUAAAACCCAAAGAAGAUAAUAAUCGAUCAGUAUCAAUAAUCAAAAGAUCUACACAUUAGAAGAUAGAGAUAGUAGAAAAUUUAGAAGACAACUUAGAUUCAUAUGUUAAGCUUUACUACUCUAUCAUUAAUUUGAUUGAUGCAAUGAGGAAAGAUGUGAGUGAAUUAGUGGAUUCAAUCAAUAGAUUUUAAGAAGUGAUUGAUGGAGUGCAUUUUUAAGCACUAGAGAACCUUUUGAUUGAUAAUAGCAAGAAAUUUAGAUAAAUUUUGAUAUUAAUAAAAACAGGAAUAAUUGUUGUGGUAAAUUGCUUUUUUGAUUAGCAUGUCUUCUCAACUAAUAAUGUAAAUUUUAGAAACUUACUGAUAUAUAAUUUAUAAAACUAUUUAUUUUUAGGAGAAUUCAUAAUCUAGAAGACCUAAAAAUAAGAAUUAGUAACAAUAAUUAUGCAAAAUAAAAAGUAUUUUGGAAGUAAAAAAAUAGAGUCAAGCACUUAGAUUAGACAAAAUCUUGAAUUACUAUAAGGGUUGUAUAAGACUUUAACUAAAUAAUCUAAAGAUCUUUAUUAAUUUUUAAAUUCAUAUUUUAGAUUGAUUCCUAAUUUAAAGAUAGUCGAGAGUAAUUAAAUGCUAUAAAACUUUACAUCACUAUACUUCACUAUUUAAUAAGGUUAUCAUGGAUUAUUGGGUAUUCCAUUGAUAAGUGUAGCUCACAAACCUUACCUUCCAAAUGAAGCAACACAUGACUUCACUCUUAUAUUAGACAUGGAUGAAACUUUAAUUCAUUACGUUGAAUAAACGAAAAGUUUUUUAGUAAGACCAUUUGCAGAGUAGUUUCUGUAAGAAAUGAGCAAAUAUUAUGAGAUAGCUGUAUUUACUGCUGGAUUACCAGAUUAUGCAAAUUGGGUACUUGAUUAAGCUGCUUUCAAUAAAUACAUCCAGUUCAGAUUGUAUAGAUAGCAUGCUAUGCAGUAUCAAAAACACUUUGUUAAGGAUUUAUCAAGACUGGGUAGGAAGAUGGCUAAAUGCAUAAUAAUAGAUAAUAUUGAAGCUAAUUAUCAGCAUUAAGAAGAGAAUGGUAUUUAAAUAAAGACUUGGUACAAUGAUCCGGAUGAUAAGGAAUUGCUUAAAUUGAGUGUAUUUUUAAGAAAAAUAGCAGAAGAUAAUUGUGAUGAUGUUAGGGAUGCUCUUAGAUAAUAUAAAAAUGCUUAAGUAAAUUGA